CGGACUUUGUCUGCAUUUGCGCCGGUCGGAGAAAACGUGGACGCAGAAAAGGUCCUGUCGCCGCUUGGAACGUAGAGACAAUGGCACGAGCGCUGUUCAAAUUUUCGCGCCUGCUGCAGAGGGAAAGCGGCCUGUCAUCUCCCGUCGCUGUACAUGUCCUUCAGAACAGGUCUUAUGCGUCGGACAAGAGGAUUGAAGUCCAGAACCCUGUUGUGGAGUUGGAUGGUGAUGAGAUGACAAGGAUCAUAUGGGAGAAGAUUAAAGAAGAGUUGAUAUUUCCAUUUCUAAAACUGGAUUGUAAAUACUAUGACCUGGGUCUUCCAAGUCGCGACAAGACCGAUGACAAGGUGACAUACGAUGCGGCACAUGCUAUCAAAAAGUACAACGUAGGAAUCAAGUGUGCCACCAUUACACCUGACGAGGCCAGGGUAGAAGAAUUCAACCUGAAGAAAAUGUACCCUAGUCCUAAUGGCACCAUCCGUAACAUUCUUGGGGGCACAGUGUUCCGGGAACCCAUCCUGUGCAAAAACAUACCUCGCCUUGUGCCUGGCUGGACACAGCCUAUUGUCAUCGGAAGGCAUGCGUUUGGUGACCAGUACAAGGCCAUGGACAGGGUUGUAACGAACAUGGGAAAAGUGGAGCUUGUGUUCACGCCUGCUGAUGGGGGCGAUAAGCAAAAGCAUGUUGUGUUCGACUUCAAAAACUCGGGUGGUGUCACCAUGGCCAUGUACAACACUGACGAGUCUAUCGAAGGCUUUGCUCGCUCCUGCUUCGAGUAUGCUCUUAUGAAAGAAUGGCCCCUCUACCUAAGCACCAAGAACACUAUCCUUAAGCAGUAUGAUGGCCGCUUCAAGGACAUCUUCCAGACUAUCUUUGAAAGUGAAUACAAGGAGAAGUUUGAAGCAAAGAAAAUGUGGUACGAGCAUCGGCUUAUUGACGACAUGGUAGCCCAGGUGCUAAAGUCUUCUGGUGGCUUCGUCUGGGCCUGCAAGAACUAUGAUGGCGAUGUGCAGUCGGACAUCAUUGCUCAAGGCUAUGGUUCACUCGGUCUGAUGACAAGUGUCUUGCUUUGUCCUGAUGGAAAGACUGUUGAAGCUGAGGCAGCGCAUGGGACAGUUACCAGGCAUUACAGAGAACACCAAAAGGGCAAUAAGACUAGCACAAAUCCCAUUGCAAGCAUCUUUGCAUGGACCCGUGGUUUGGACCAUAGGGCCAAGUUGGAUAAGAACACCGACCUCCACAAGUUCUGUGAUGCAUUGGAAAAGGCUUGCGUCGAAACAGUAGAGUCUGGCAAGAUGACCAAAGACCUUGCAGGAUGCAUCCAUGGAAUAAAAAAUGUCAAAGAGGGCGACUACCUCAACACAAUGGAUUUCCUUGAAGCAGUCACCGAGAACCUCAAGAAGAAGCUCAACCAGUGAUGCCUAUGCACAUGCAGUCAUUCAGUUUAAGAGUUGCAGAGUACUUUGACACAGCCAUUUUGCAAUAAAAUUUUAAUACGAAA